UGUGGAUUGCAAAGUAUGGUCUUGAGCAAUUUAUUCCAUGGCUCAUUUUCAACUGUAGUAAAACUUCUUUUUUUUAUACAAUUUUCCCUUGCCAUUAUCUUUUCUUUCCACACAUUGUGACCCAGAUUAUAUGUUUCAUUUACAAUUUUUUCCCAGUUUACACCAAGGGAUACAUAAGUCAGUGGGUUGUUGGGAGACUCUUGUGACGUGAAAAAUGCAUAUGAGAUGGUGACAGGUACAAAGUAGGUGCUAAAUCUGAAGAGUUCCUUCAGGUCUUGAGUGAAGUAACUUGAAACAUCUUAACUAUAGUAGUUGGCUGUGGUCUGGUGCUUGGAAACCAAGUGUGUGGAGGUUAACGAGCACACAGUGAAGUAAAUGAAAAAUAAUGAUCAAUAAGAUAGAAAGUCCCUGUGAUUCCAACCCCAGUGUCUGAAAAGGAGAUGAUCUGCAUUGCCAGUUGCCUGGAGGCCAUUCUGCCAUUUCCCAGUGACAGAUUCUUGUCUUCAGAGCCACAGGUCCCUGCACUGGAACGUGGGCUCAUAUUUCUUUUACUUUUUAUUUUCUAAACAAUCAUACAUGGAUUGUUUUUAAGUAGGUUUCAUGCCCAGCUCAGAGCCCAAUGGACGGCUUGAACUCCUGACCCUGAAAUCAAGACCUGAGCUGAGGUCAAAAGUCAGACACCUAACCAACUGAGCCACCCAGGCACCCCGGUAUUGUACUUUUAAUUUCAGGUUCAAUGUGUAAAUUGCUAGUAUAUAGAAAUGCAAUGGAUUUUUGCAUGCUUCUGUGUUCUGACACUUUGUAAAUUUUCGUUCUUCUAGAAAUUUCUGUACGUUCCUUUGUAUUUUCUAUAUAUACCACUUCAAAAACAUUCCCGUUGAUGCUGUGACAAAUCACCACAGCCUGAAUGACUUUAACAAAUUUAUUCUCUUAUAGUUCUGGAGGCGAAAUGUGUAAAAUGGAUCCAUAGCGCCGUGCUCCGUCUGGAUAUGCCAGGAUGUUAGCCACCUCUUGCUUUUAAUCCUGCAUCCUCUGUCUUGCUGGCCAGGUGAGAACUUUAGACUUAGAGUCUACAACAGAUGGUGACCGCAACGUGAUGGAAGAAAAGGGGACUCCGGGCUGAUGUGGACAAGGAGUCGACGUGGCCAGGAGGUGGUGCAACACAAGGACUGCAGGAUGCUGCGGAAUGAUCAAGGAGUUCCAAGAAAAAAAAUGCACGGGGUACAGUCUCCCUGACGAGCCCACGUGGGACGAUUGCCAGCAGCUUUGGCAGGUCCUGUUCAUGACUGAGUAAAGAGAAAGAAUCCUCAAUGAGGACUGAAAACUAGUUCUGGGCGCAGACGGGAAUCCCACCACCAACCAGGCUCAGAUAGAUGCCUCCUUCCCCUUAACUCGGCCCCAGUGGGAUUUCAACACGGCAGAAGGUAAGGAGAGGCUCCAGGUCUACCGCCAGACUCUAAUGGGGGGUCUCCGAAUGGCCGCUAGAAAGCCAACCAACUUGGCCAAGGUAGGAAAUGUACAACAGGGAAAAGAUGAAUCUCCGGCUGCCUUUUUAGAACGGAUCAUGGAGGCAUUCCGUACCUAUACCCCCAUGGAUCCAGAGGCUCCGGAAAGCAAGGCAGCUGUUAUCAUGGCCUUUGUAAACCAAUUGGCCAUAGAUAUUAGGAGAAAAUUACAGAAAAUAGAUAGACUAGGAGAAAAAAGUCUGCAGGACUUACUGGUGGUAGCCGAAAAGGUAUAUAAUAACCAGGAGCCUCCUGAGGACAAGCAGGCUCGCGCCAUGGCGGCUGCCAGCAGUAAGCAGACUCGAGACCUGGCCAGAAUACUAUUAGCUACCACUGCUGACUCCCCCGAGCAACGAGACCGCCAUCUCCGGCAGCUGACAGAUGACUCAAGAAAAGGUAAAGGAACCACCAAGGGGGGGAAGCAGAGGCUGCAGAAAGAUCAGUGCGCAUACUGCAAGGAGACAGGGCAUUGGGCCCGAGAUUGUCCGAAAAGGGCCGGCGGGAAGGGAAGCAAGACUGAUCGAGUAAAAGUCUUAGAGCUAGAUGAACUAAGUGAUUAGGGGAGUCGGGAUUUGGACCCUCUCCCCAAACCCAGGGUAACUCUUAAAGUGGAGGGGACCCCUGUUGUCUUCCUUGUCGACACCGGAGCACAACAUUCGGUCCUCCGCACCCCACAAGGAAAACUAGCCAGCGAGAAGUCCUGGGUACAAGGGGCAACUGGUAUGAGCCAGUAUUCAUGGACUACCCGAAGAACGGUAGAUUUGGGGACAGGUAGGGUAUCCCACUCCUUUAUGAUAAUACUGGAAUGCCCCUACCCGCUAUUAGGACAAGACUUACUGACCAAGAUUGGAGCUCAGAUAACUUUCAGACAAGGGGGGGCCUCAGGUCACCGAUGGCAAGGGCCACCCCAUCCAGGUCCUGACCAUGAAACUGAAGGAUGAAUACCGCCUCCACCAGGAGGCGCUCCCGAGAGAGGAUAAUAUAGACAGGUGGCUACAAGAAUUCCCCUCGGUUUG